AUGAAAGGAUAUAUAUUCCUUUUUAUUGGUUAUUAUUAUUAUUUUUGCGCAUGCUCUUUUUUAUUUUAUUUCCCUUUUUCUUUCUUUCUUUCUUUCUCUCUCUCUCUCUCUCUCUUUUUUUUUUUUUUGCAUGUAUGUACUUUGCCUUUAGAUUUAUUUUCUUCUCUGUGCUGCAGUCGGUUGAAAAAAGUGAUGCAUGCGAAAACCCGGUAUCUUUUUUGGUUGGGCCUUAUUGUGCUCUUGUGGACAUUUACUGCUGGAAGAGAGGCCGCACAGCAGCCCACUGUGGCUCUUUUCAACGGGGAACAUGGGACUAUCAUGUCUGUGGCUACGUGGAGCGACAUUGACUUUGGCAGGCGUAGUGCGAUGGGUGGUGGGAAGCGGCCUGCAAGGGUAUUUGCGCUUGAAGCGACAUUACCCGUGGUGGGUCAGGAGAAGUCAAGUAAAGAUGAUGAAAGAGUGAAUAGGGAUCUUUAUUUUUUUCCGUACUGUUCAGCGACUAAGAAUUCGGCUGACAAAGAGGAUAGCAAUGCGCCUUGUUCGCUGAGUCAUUUUGAGGGGUAUAUCUUACUGCGCUUUCGUGGUGGGUGGGAGGAGAAUUUUGCUGUCUCACUUUGGCAGGACUCCGCGCCGAGCAUUGAUGUUGAAGUUGCUGAACGUGUUUUUCGAGAUUUAAUUAACGACAGCAGCGCAACAUUUCCCUUUGCCAUUGACGACUCUUCGGAUAAGGAUUCGACAUUCUCUGGCAUUAUGCGACGUUACGAACUUAUAGAGAGUUGCAAUGAUUUCACAGACGAAUGUUUCCAGGCACGGCUUAUGACAUACACUACGAGCUUUAAAGAGAUACCAUUAGGGAGGUAUACGGGACGAGUGAUAUUCAGCGUAGGGCUUCCAGGGGCUUGGAACAGGCCGUGGGUUUUACGGCUUAAGAGCACGAUGCCACAUGAUUCUCUUACAGGUAUAGACAUUGUGUUGCUUUUAGUGGAUAAGAAAGGAUCGUUUAAUUGGGAAUUGUGGCUGACUUCAAGUGGGUUUGGGCAACUAUUUCUUGCUGUUUUGUGUGUCUUGGUGACGAUGUGUUUCAUUCUUGUCACGAAGGAGGUUGGAAUGCGGCUUUCAGAGCCAACUGCAUUGAAUGGGCGUCGUACCACUGUUCUCUAUGAGGAAACUGAAUCUAACAAUGGACAUUGCCUUUCACUUUACCGGAUUAUGCUGGCUACUCAAGAGACGUGCGUGAAAAUUUUCUCAUGGCUAUUUGUGGCAAAACGCGCAAUGCACCGUUAUUUUCAUUCUUGGCCACGACGCAGGUGGGAAGGGGCGGCGUCAAAUGUCGUGAUAUCAGCCGAGAUGCGAGAAGUGGCCUCAAAUGUAGAAGAAGAUUCCCAACACAUGGAACCUCAAAGUGACUGCGUGGAAAUGAAUGGUAGUAGUGAAGAGAGUGACGGCGAUGAAUACUUAUGCCGUAUAUGUCGUUCCAAGAAACCAGUGGAUGAUUUAUUUGCCCCAUGUGCCUGCGAUGGGUCUGCUAAAUACGUGCAUAAAAAGUGUUUGGAAAAGUGGCGUGCCAUGACCUUGAACACGGAGCAUCGAAGUGUGUGUGCCGAGUGUAAGACGCCAUAUAAUUUGGUGGUGGAGAGGGUUCCCAUUUCCCCAGAUGAAUUUCUACACAGUCCGGUUUGUGUCCCGGCGUGCCGUCUUAUGGUUAAGCGUGCGGUUGGACCGCUUUUUUUAAUUUUUCUGCUUUGGAUCGGUGGUUAUUAUCUAAAGUUCUGCAUGUAUCUUGUUACUGGUCUGGAUGAAGGGGUUGUGUGGUCUGCGGCAAACUUCUACCACUGGGUGCUAGGGAUAUACAGUGUUGUUGCUCUAUGCUUGAAUUUAUGGGCUUUGGAGUAUGUUCUGAUUGAUUUUGAUGAGUCUUGGCAGCAGUUGUUACUUCUUAUUAUUUCUCUCUGCACUGUUGAGAUUCCGCUGAAUUAUGUGGGCCAAAUAACCCUCUCAUGGCUUUUGAACAGACACUGGUCUCUGGAAGUAUCGUACGGCUUGGGUAUCAUCGUUACGGCUGUGUCUUCCAUUACACUACUUCCCCAUCUGUAUGUUUUUCUGCAGUCACUCUCAACCGAGCGUGAAGUUGUUCUGCCACGCGUAGAGGGGGUAGGAAAUAGGAUCAUAUUGUGA